AUGGCACAAGAUCAAUUGAUUCGCAUUGGAGGCCGACUACGGCAAGCUCAUUUGCCAUUCGACAGUAAGCACCAAAUUCUUCUCCCGUCAACUCACGCUUUCUCCAGCUUGCUUGUGCGACAUUACCAUGAAAAGCAUUUGCAUGCCGCCCCUCAACUAUUGCUGACUAUUCUUCGACUUCGCUACUGGAUUACCGGAGCUAGGAAUCUUGCUAAACGGAUUAUUCACAAAUGCAUCGCUUGUUUUCGAGCACGUCCGCGGCUCGUGGAGCAGUUUAUGGCAGAGCUCCCAGCAUCGCGUAUUACAGAAGCUAGACCAUUUUCAGUAACGGGAGUGGACUAUUGGGGUCCAAUUAUGCUAAAACCGUGCCAUCGUCGUGCUGCGCCGAGAAAGGCGUAUGUGGCGGUGUUUGUAUGCUUCACUACGAAAGCUGUUCACUUAGAACUGGUUCCGGAGCUUACCACUUCCAAAUUCAUGCAAGCGUUGCGGCGUUUUGUGUCCCGUCGUGGAUUAUGCGCAGACUUAUAUAGCGACAACGGUCGCAACUUUGUGGGAGCAGCAAACGAGCUACGUCAGCUGGUUCACACUGCAGAAUGCCAACAAACUAUUGCUCACGAGUGUGCAUCGAAUGGAAUUCGAUGGCACUUCAAUCCACCAAAGGCCUCUCACUUUGGGGGUCUUUGGGAAGCUUCUAUUUACUCUGCCCAAAAGCACUUUGUUCGUGUUGUUGGGAAUCACACUUUAGCAUACGACGAAAUGGAGACAUUGCUAUCUCAAAUAGAAUGCUGCCUCAACUCCAGACCGAUAGUCCCAUUGAGCGAUGAUCCGACCGAUUUCGAACCGCUUACUCCUGGUCCUGGCCUUAACGGGUGCCGCACUUAA